AUGCCAGGAAACAAAUCAGCAAUAAGAGAGUAUAAGUUAGUAGUUGUUGGUGGAGGUGGCGUUGGUAAAUCCGCUCUUACAAUUCAAUUAAUCCAGUCGUAUUUCGUGGACGAAUAUGAUCCAACUAUCGAAGACUCUUACAGAAAACAAGUAGUCAUCGACGACAAAGUGUCUAUUUUAGAUAUUUUAGAUACGGCUGGCCAAGAAGAGUAUUCUGCCAUGAGAGAACAGUACAUGAGGACGGGGGAAGGUUUCUUACUGGUCUACUCUGUUACUUCCAGAAAUUCCUUUGAUGAGUUGCUGUCCUACUAUCAGCAAAUUCAAAGGGUGAAAGAUUCUGACUACAUCCCAGUAGUCGUGGUAGGUAACAAACUAGACCUUGAAAAUGAAAGGCAGGUUUCUUACGAAGAUGGACUACGCCUAGCAAAGCAAUUAAAUGCACCCUUCCUCGAAACUUCUGCCAAACAAGCGAUUAAUGUAGACGAAGCGUUUUAUAGUCUUAUUCGUUUGGUAAGGGACGAUGGUGGCCAAUACAAUAGUAUGAAUGAUCAACCAGAUGACGCAGCCAAUCCAAACAAAACAAAACAUUCAGACGUAACUACAUCUGCAACGGAUAAUGAAAAUGUAAUGAAUAAUGGAACUCAUGCACCUGAUAAUUCAUUGAUUCACGAUGGCACCAGUUCUAAUCCAAAGCCGAUUUCUAAUCGUAAUAUCCAAAAUAAUAAAGGAACAGGUGAGAAGAACUACAGUUAUGACAAUGACGAUAACGAAGACAACAACAAUCACGAUGUCAAUAACAGUAACAGAAAUCAAAAUGAUGACAGUCGUGGUAAUCAUGGCAAUGCUCUAAACGCGAGGAGCAAGCAGUCUACCGGUCCGCAAACAAACUCAAAUUCAGACAACGAGAAAAAAACUAGCGGUUGUUGUGUUAUUUGUUGA